UGUGUGUCGGGGCGGGGGGGUGAUAGUGAAAGGUACUCUGGACUCUUGCAUGUGUGUUUGUGUUUGUGUGAGCAGCCUCUUCUCUAAGGGAGGAAUGACAGAGUAUGGAGUCGGACAAGCAGCUGACGGGUACCUUGGCCCUGGCUGUCUUCACAGCUGCGCUGGGCUCACUGCAGUUUGGCUACAGCAUGGGAGUCAUCAAUGCACCCCAGAAGGUCAUUGAGAAGCAUUAUGCCCGCUCCCUAGGGCUGUGGCCAGAGGGGGACCCCGCCCUAUCAGAGAACAGCACGAGGGGCGUGGACAUGCUAGACGCGGGACAACACCCUGAAGUCAUCAUGUAUUGGUCGCUGUCUGUGGCAAUCUUUUCCGUCGGAGGCAUGGUCUCCUCCUUUCUGGUGGGGUUCGUGGGGGACCUGCGAGGAAGGGUGAAGGGCAUGCUGAUGGUCAACGUGCUGGCCAUGGCUGGGGGCUUGCUGAUGGGCCUGUGCAAAAUGUGGAAACCUCACAUCAUGGUCAUCUCAGGCCGCGCUGUCAUGGGCUUCUACUGCGGGCUGACCUCGGGGCUGGUGCCAAUGUACAUCGGGGAGAUCGCCCCCAAGGCCUACAGGGGGGCCCUGGGGACGCUCCACCAGCUGGCCAUCGUCGUUGGUAUUCUUCUAAGCCAGGUGAUAGGCCUGGACUUCCUGCUGGGCAAUGACAGCAUGUGGCCCCUGCUCCUGGGUCUGUCGGGGGCCCCGUCCAUCCUGCAGUCCCUACUGUUGCCCCUGUGUCCCGAGAGCCCCCGCUAUCUGUACAUUUGCCAGGGCAAGGUGGAGGAGGCCAGCAAGAGUCUGCGUCGGCUGAAAGGAGAGUACGAUCAAAGCGCUGACCUGGAGGAGAUGAAGAAAGAGAAGGAGGAGGGAGAGAAGGAGGACACAAUCUCCAUUCUGUCCUUGUUGCGGUCCUCAGUUUACAGACAGCAGCUCUUGGUGGCCCUCUUGAUGCAUCUGUCCCAGCAGUUCUCUGGUAUCAAUGCAAUCUUUUAUUACUCGACUGACAUUUUCGACCGAGCUGGUGUUGGUUAUCCGGUGUACGCCACCAUCGGCGUUGGGGUCAUCAACACAAUCUUCACCCUGGUGUCUGUGGCGCUUGUGGACAGGGCUGGCAGGCGCACUCUGACUCUCAUAGGCCUCGGAGGGAUGUGCUGUUGUGCCGUCGCCAUGACUGUGGGUCUCAAUCUACAGAUGGGCUACUCAUGGAUGAGCUACGUCUGCAUGUCGGCUGUGUUCCUCUUUGUGUCUUUCUUUGAGAUCGGGCCGGGUCCGAUUCCGUGGUUCAUCGUGGCGGAGCUGUUCAGCCAGGGGCCCCGACCGGCCGCCAUCGCUCUCGCUGGCUGCUGCAACUGGACCUGCAACUUCCUCAUCGGCAUGACCUUCCCUUACAUACAGGAAUUUCUGGGGAGUUAUGUAUUCAUCUUGUUCGCUGGGCUGCUUUUGGUCUUCACGGUUGUCACGUACCUGAAGGUCCCGGAGACAAAGGGGAAAUCCUUCAAGGAGAUCGCGGCCGUGUUUCAGAAGGGCCAUAAAAAGGUCCCUGCAAAUACUGAGAUGGAACUGGAACAACUCAAGUCCGCUACAGAUGCCUAAAGCCAGUCCUCUAUCGUAGUUCAUACUUUUAUUUUUUUUACGUUUUGGUGCGUAUUCGUUUUCACUGUGUGGGACAUUUUCUCCUAAAUUACAAAAAGACAAAUUACAUAAUUACAUAUAUUUAUUGAUAUGUGGAGUUUUGUUUACAUUAAAUAUAAUUUUUUUAUGAAUGGAUGAAAGUAAUAACUGAAGUGUCAACUGCAAAAAAUGCUUUCAAAAUGUUAUCAAUAGAGCUACAAAUUAUAAAAAGCGUCAGACAUGUUUUUAUAAAUUUUGUAAUUAUAAAACAAAGACUAUUUUUUA